CUUCUAUCCCGUCUGCCAGUCAGUUAGUCGUAGAUUGAAAAUCGAUUAGCAUCAUUCGUACAUAAUUCGUUUCUGCAUGCUGUUAUGACUUCUUUCGGAGGCCAAAUUCAGUGCGCUUGCUGGAUUUUAGUGGUUCUAGCAAGCUCCCAUGUGUUAUGCCAAGAUUGCCAUUCGGAUACGUUCGACUUCCGCCGUUACCAUAAUGAGUCGCAUUUCCUGGAUCUAGCUACGAAGCCCAAUGAAGUGAUAGCUAAAUUCACCGUGAGCAACACCCGUUCGGCGAACACCACUAACGCCUACAUCAACGUGGCAGUCGAAGGUGAUCAGCUCGUAUUCUCCACCACGGACAAAUUCCCAAGCUACGAAAAAUCGGAAGUGGAAACCCGUAUACAGCUGGUGAUUACGUAUGGUUGUACGACCGGUUCGAUAGCCGGUCGGUACUAUCAAGAUCUUCUGGAGAGGAACAAUUAUGCUCCGGAGUUCUCACGAAGUCAGUAUGAUGUGACGGUACCGUUGCCGCUGCCGAAGGAUUUCGAUCUGAGUCCGUUCGUGGACAAUGGGAAAGGGGUGAUGGCGGUAGAUUACGAUCUCGUGAACAAUACGGUUGUGUUUACGCUUGGUGAGAAUCCGUAUCUGAGGAUACAAUCAAUGAAGGUCAGUGAUAAAGUGUUUCGAGGAGUUUUGCGAUUAAAGGAGCAGGUUCUGAAGCUUCCGGACGUGGUUGAAGUGGAGAUAGUCGGAACGGAUCAGGGUGUUCCAGCGAAGAAUUCGUCAGCGAAGCUGGUGAUUACUCCGGAUUUAACGAUUGAGUAUAAUGAUCCACCGGCGUUCAAGAAGACGUUCAUUAGUGAAGAUUAUGGUGCUGAUGGGGGAAACACGGUUGUGGUUGAGUUGGUUCCUGGAACGGUGCAUGAAGAGGUGGAAUACACACUGUUGGGUGAAGAUGUGAAGUUUUUCCGUAUGAGUGUUCAAGAAGAUAAGGCCAAAGCAACGGUGGUGGUCAACAAUGAAUCUACGCUACCGAGAGAUAAGUUCUUUUUGAGUGUAAUAGUGGAGGCAAAGCGUUCCGAACUGCAAAAAGCCGAGUGCGUGAUUCUGAUUGAUUUGAAGAAAACUUUGUCCAACGAAUCAAAUGUUACUGCUGUGGAGAAAACGUUGAGUGUCCUUCACCUAGAGGAGGAGCAAGAACAUGAAGAGGUGUUUCCCAGUGAAGUAGAUGACUGCACGUACAGAAUCAUCCACCAAAUACCCAAUCGUACUGAAAGCAUCUUUAGCGUUUACGAAUCAACCGGUUGGAUCGUAGCAUCUAAGUUUGACAGGGAAGACACUGAGUUGUUUGGAAACGUUGAUCCUCCUCAGUUUCAACUUGUUCUUCAGAUUAGAUGUCCUACUUCCGAAGGGACUCCUGAAUCACCCCCGAUUUUCGUAGACGAAAUCCCAUACUCGAUCGACAGUACAUACCUAAGUGUGAUUGUUGAUGACAUCAACGAUCACUCUCCAGAAUUCACAUUCCCUUCUGAGGGUGAUCGAUUCGCUUUUCCUGUUGCACGGCUUUCGGAGCGGUUGUUGCCUUCCAAACUACUGCAGGUUGUAGCAAUAGAUCUAGAUGCUGGGUUGAAUGCUCUUAUUCGAUACAGUAUAGCUGAGAAUGAUCACUUCGGUAUCGAUCCCAAAUCCGGAGUUGUCUACCCUCUGGAGAAUGCUCUUGAUGAUGAAGAUGCGAUUGAACUCGAGAUAAUGGCCACCGAUCGAGACGGUGCAGAGGAUGGUAAUGUCUCCAAGUUGAAAAUUCUAGUAGUCCCUGCUCUUCCGUAUCAGAUGUCGAUCUUGCAGGUGCAGAAUAUCGACGAAUAUCAGCUUUCACAGACAAUUGAGUUCAUUCAAUCGAUUACGUCAUUUGUUAUUCGAACAAUCACUGGCGGUUACACAUCAUUGGGAAGUUCAAUGAAAAAUCGACGCACAUCACAACGCAGCUCAAACACAGUUCAAAGAUUGAUCGUAGCUGUUUUUAAUGAAGAUGAAUUAAUUUCUUCCGAGUCCUUCGCAAAAGUAAUGGUAUCGUUCGAUGACAUAACCAUCUCAGAUUUGGAGGAACUACGCUUCCCUAACAAGGAUCACAACACCCAUGGCAGUGACUAUUGUACCGUGUAUCCUUACAUCAUAGUGAUGUCGGUGUUUAUCGUGAUGUUCGUCGCCAGCAGCGCCCUAUGCGCUUACUUCUGGUUCAAAUGGCGUUUGUUGACCACCUUCAGCAAAUCACCGGAUCAAAGCAUUUAUUCGGAUAACGAACUCAUCGAGAAUCAGAAUCACAAUGCGGGAUCUACGCCCCCAGCGAGGCGAAAAGAACUGGACGGAGUUACCGUAGAUUACUCAUCGGACAGCGUUUCGCGGAGUAAUCGCUUGGUGAGAUCUCUGUCCGAUAUGAUGAUCAUUGACGAAGAUGAUGAAACGAAUGGGGAGCCAUCAGCCCCUUCCGAAGAGUCUCCCACCAAUGAAGCUCACCAGAGAAGAAAAUCGAUUCGUUUCAGUGAGGAUGUCGAACGGAUUGAAGUUUUCUAGCGUUAGUACUGGAGUUAGUUUUAUUUUGUAAAAAAUAUACCUUAAAUUGUGAUAGAAUAAACUUAACAAUGCUACAGCCGUUCACUGUA